UUAAAUCAACUUUACGGUAAGCAGGAGCGAGAGCGUUUCAGAAAACAUCAGCAAGAAGGGAAUAUUUGUUUGUCCGCUGGAAAAUAACAGGAUCUGAAGAUGAUCGAGGUUGUUUGCAACGAUCGACUGGGGAAGAAAGUCCGAGUCAAGUGCAACUCAGAGGAUACCAUUGGGGAUCUGAAGAAGCUCAUCGCCGCUCAGACAGGAACACGGCACGACAAGAUCGUAUUAAAGAAAUGGUACACCAUAUUCAAAGACCACGUGUCGCUGGGUGACUAUGAAAUCCACGAUGGGAUGAACCUGGAGCUGUACUACCAGUAGACUAGAGAAGGAACACAAGUCAAAGAUGUACAUACAGACUUUUUCCUUAUUACACACACACACACACACACACACACACACACACACAGAUGGAAUUAAUGGGAUCUGUCUCAUUAAACCAUCACGAUCAGACAACAGAUCCCACAGAAGACAGACAGACAGACAGAACAGAACACACAUUAACUGAGUUUUAGCUGUUAAUUUUCGCCCGCAGACAUAAAGACAUGUUGUUGUUCUACAGUAAUUUUUGUUUUGAUAUUUUGAAGUAAAGCUGAUAUUUACCUACCUAAAA